GCAGUGUCGCCUUUGCAAGCGUUCCUCUGCACUCUCGAACUCGCGCGCGCGGCUCGGAGCCAAGGACGCGCGGCUGGAUGAUAUGUGCACGGAGACCAUUCAAACUGCUCGAGUGACAAGCGGUGCCAUUGUUUGGGAAGCCCGUCCCGUUCCCAGGGACGCCGUUCUCUGGUUCCCCGGAGUGUUCGCUGUCGCGCUGUGCUUUCGUGCGAUCGCGCGCGCCCUUCGUUAACGCACGGACUUUGAACGGUGCGGGAAAGCCGCCCGAGAAGCCGGUGCGUUCACCUCUACGGACCCGCACUUUCGGCUUUUAGGAUAACAUCUUCAGGGAAAAAAAUUCCGCUGCUACUGCCGCAGAGCUUCUCGACCAGGAAUGCAGGAAGCUCUCUCGGACUGCCACGGAUGAUUUGUCAGAGCCGGGCAGCAUUCGCGGAGAGCCUCGCCUGCUGAACAUCGACACCAUCAUCCACCCGUGCGCUGCGGACGACGACGACGUCCUUGCGUCAUUCGCGCCACGCCGCCGCGGCCCGCAGCAGCCUCGGCUGCACAGUAGUAAAGCCAGAGCCGACGACGGUAUCGCUCGCACACCGGUGCAACAACAGUCUCAUCUCGGCCAACCCUACCUUUAUUUUUUUUCCCGAGAAAGAAAGAAAGAGAAAAACAAAAACCUGCAGUGCUGGCUUCCAAGCAAAGGGGAGGGUACCGCCACAGCUGUCGUCGUCAGUGUAGUUUUGCACCGCGUCGUCUCUUUGAACGUUGCUAGUUAGGCGCGGCGCGCUGUGCGCCUAUAAAGUCCCAAGGGCAAACGGCGGUUGUGUACGGCAUACUCAAGAAAGACACUACCGAGCGACGCCCACGGAAUCGCAGCCUGCGCGAGCGGCGCUGAUAACCGUUCGCCCGCUUCGAGAAGUCUCCGAGGAUCAUCAUCUGGGACGUGCGCGUGUCCCUGAGUUUUUUUUGUCUCUCCGUACGGGUUUGUGCAUUGCGGUCUCUUUCUCCGUUGUCGGCGGAGACGCAGGUGGAAGCGGCGAAGACUAUCCUCCGAGCGACGCGCGGUGAUUCCGAAGCGAUAGCGAAGCCUGUUCUACCGCCGGUAUCGCGGGAUUAGGACAUCGUCGUCGACGGCGGCGGCGGCGGCGGUGGCAGUGUCGUCGUUCGUUCAGUGUGCAACGCAACCGUAGCCAAAGCGCUACCGACGAUGACGCCGUUCCGGAUGUCUCGUGCUGCCCGAUCAUGCCCACGCCUGCGUGGUGCGCUCGGCGAAUAACGAAGACAUAGGGCCAGUGUUUCUGGUGGUGGUGGUGUGUUUGUGUUUGUGUACCGUAGCGUGCGAUUCUCCACCGCGGAGGAGGUCCUGUGUUAGCGUGUUUGCCGUCGUCGGCCAGUGUCUGUGGUGCGUGUGUUUGUCAAUAACCAUAACGUCCGUCCCUCGAGCAAAACAAUCGUCGCCUCGCUGAGCCAGCGGCGGGAGUCGGCACUGUCAGCCCCUCGUUGAGAUUUUUUUUUUUUCUAGGACAGCGAAAGAAGCCGCUCAGUCGUAACUUCGUCGUCUGCUCUCGUUUCUCGUCUGCUAUCGACACCUUCCUCGGCCGUCGUCUGAAAUCGAAGAGUAACUUCGUGAAGAAGUGGAUGCGCUGACAUUUCAUGUGUCCCCCAAAGCGCCUCGGUUGGUUCGGCGGCUAGCGGCUGCGAAAAACGCCGACAGGAAGCACGAGGCAGCACAGACGGCCGCCGUGUAGUUCCCGUGAGUGAAAGUGUUCCUGUGGAGUGAGUCCGGGGACUUCCAGGAACUACAGAGCGGCGGCGGCGGGCGGCAUAGCGAGAUCUCGUCGCUAAUGAGCCAGCGCUAGUCGUGCAGCUCCAGACACGCCAGCAGACUCGCAAAUAAAGCAAGAAAGAAAAGAAAGCCGGCUGAUAGGCGAACAGCGGCGGCGACAAAACAAGCCUUCGGGAAAAAAAAAAGAGGUCCGUAAGUUUGCGGCGGCGGUGGGCGUCUCUUCCGAGAGAGUGUUUCCGACGCGCAAAAAAAAGCGGUUCCGAUGCGCGUCCGGUGUUUUCGGCGUGUCGUUGCCCCCGUCGGCUUGUGGUCGUGGACGUGCGUGUGAGUGGUUUACUCCCGGAGUUGGUCUCCCCGAUGCCUUCGAGCGUCGCGCCCAUGGCCAACGCCGCGUGCGUGUCGGCGGCAGCCCUGGCCGCCCCGCCAAGUUCCACACCGCAGCAACAGCAACAGCACCAACAGCAACAUGUGCAGGGACGCCUGGAUGGAUUUCAGUCGGCUAUCAACCUGCUCAUGCGCCGGCGAUUCAGCACUGGCCAGGAGACCGGUGCUCGAAAACGGCUGGCGCUCUUCCACCUCCGGCAGAGGAGUUGUGACAACGGCUGGGCGUCGGCGUCCGCGGCGUCGUCGCCGGACGACUCCUCCCACUACAUGGCGAUGGCGCCCAUCUACGAGAAGCCCAAGUCGGCCACCCUGCCGCCCAUGCACCACCACACGCACAGGGACCUGACCGGCACUUCUCUGGGAAGAAGCUCGCGGAACGGCAGCGCCUACACCCUCUACGAAGACGAAGACGGCUGCCCCGUCUUUCCUGAGCCCGAAGGCGCACCUUCCCAUUCUUCGCCAGCCGACUCGCAGCGACCGCACCGCGGCAGCCUGACCGCCGCACAGUCGGUGCCCUUCGGCAUCAGCGAACUGGGCAACGAUGAUUCCUCGCCCGACGAAAAGAAAGACGUCUACGCAAGGUUCUUCGCCAGAAAGACCCGAACCCUGGAGAAGGCAUCGCCAGGCAGCAGCAAGCAGAAGGCAGUGAAGAGCCUACGCUCGAAGGGCCGGGACCUCUCUUUGGCUCACCGGAGCAAGAGCCUGACGCAGAUCGACUGCCUGGAAGGCGGCAUGAGCCGUCGCGACGACGAGCCGAGCGGAGGCAGCAGCCCGUCGGACGCCUCCGGUCAGCCGCAGUCGCUGCAGUCGCAGCCGUCCCAGUCGUCGCCCUCGCACCAGCCGCCCCCGUCGCCCGACCGCCUCUCGGUGCCCGAGGACGCGCCGCCGCAGAGGAGCAGGCUGCGGCACACCUCACGGGUCCCUAGCCAAGAGUACCUCGCCGUCGCGAUAGAAGACGAUGUAGGGGACAUCCAGUUACAGGAGUCCAUUCCCGCGGUCAAAGGAGUCAUCCUACGGGAUGCCCUGACGUCACUGCUCGAGCGUCGGGGCCUGGACCUGUCGGCCGUGCAGGUGCUUCAGGAGGGCUCGCGGCGGCCCGCCAACCUCAGCCACGAGACGCACAAGUUCGCCGGUCAGCAGCUCAGGGUCAAAGCCAAAGAUGGCGCCGACCUGCGCGGAUCAGUCAGCCGUGCCAACAGCACGAGCAGUUUGAGCGGCGGGUCCUGGAAGACUCCGGCGUCUCGAACCAACAGCAAUGCCGGUCUCAAGGAGGACAAAAAGGAGCGCAAGAUCUCUGGGAGCCAAAGAGGGCGACGCGGAGCUGUGUCAGCUGAUGAGCUGGUGAACGAUACCAGUGCCAUCAGCAGUACUAGUCAAGAAAGCAGCUGGAAGGCUGGUAAAUCCAAGCCCGUGCUGGGGAAGCGCACUGGCAUUCUCCUCAACUCAUCCAAAACGGACAAAGAGAUGCGUACCCUGACAGAGUUGCUCAACAGCUACGACCAGAAUGGCAUCCCCAACCAGCCAGGGCUUCUUACCUUCCGACCUUCUUCGUCAGAGGAGAAGUUUCGACUGGAAGAUAACUGGACCUGCAUCGUUGACAAUCCUGAGUCCCUUCCAAAGCGGGUACGGAACCAACAGGAUGCCAUUUGGGAACUCAUUUCCACUGAAGUCUCAUACAUUCGCACCCUCAAAGUCAUCACUGAGCUGUUCCUGGCAUGCCUAUGCAAUCUGCAGAGUGAACGCAUUCUCCAAGAGAUCGACACCGAGCACAUGUUCAGCAACAUCCUCGAGGUGUGCGAGGUCAACCAUGUGCUGUGGGACAACUGCCUCCUGCCAGCGCUGACGGUUGCACGCGCCAACCGGACCCUCCUCAACCCGCUGCACCUGCAGGAGGGCUUUCUCCGCUUCGAGGAGACGUUCCAGCCGUACAUGAAGUACUGCCUUGAACAGACUACCUGCCUGCAUUAUGUCAAGGAGAAGCGACUUGAGAGCGAUCUCUUCAAGACCUAUGUGGCGUGGUGCGAAGCUAGGAAAGACUGUGAGAGGCUGCGCUUUACGGACCUCCUUGUCAAGCCCAUGCAGCGGCUCACCAAGUACCCACUUCUGCUCAAGGCCAUUCAUAAGAAGACCGACGACGACGAGGCCAAGAAUGCCCUCGUUGAAAUGAAUGAAUGUGUGGAAGCGUUCGUGUACGCUGUCGACGGGAAGCUGCGACACCUGCACGAGCGUGACAGGCUCAAGUCAAUCACGAGCCGCAUUGAAAGCUACGAUCCAUUUGACAUCAGUAACGACGAGGUUGAAAAGGCCCUCAAGGCCCACUGCGUGUUGGACCUGACUUGUCCCAUGCCGAGUUGUGGCAACCAGCAGAACAGGCAGCUCUUGUUUGAGACAUCAGGUGUCAAACUGAAGGACGCUGGCAGUUCAAGCAAGGUGGAUGUACACUGCUUCCUGUUCACUGAUGUGCUGCUUGUCUGCAAGUCGCUGAGCAAGAAGGGCGACCGCGUGAAGGUGAUUCGGCAGCCGUUCCUCGUUGAGCGGCUGGUCACGUACGAGCUGCGCGACAACAGUGGCCUCAUCGUCAUAUACCUGAACGACUUCGGUGUGGCUGCAUCGUACUUCCUCCUCUACACGAGCGACCCACGAAGCUUCAUGGACCAAAUCCGCAGAGCACAGGAGCAGUACCGGGAGGCGAAGUCGCAGGCGACGAGCGAAAAGCCCCAGCUGGGAUACCUGCAGGACUUGGACGACGAGGACGACCUGGACAUCCCACGCAGUGCACUGCUCGUGGCGGCCCGUUCUCCGCGUUCGUCCAGCCACUCGAGCCUGGUACAUUCGCACAGUGGCUCCAUCGACAUGAGCGACCCGGCAUCGGUGGCCUCCAUGGCUGGACCGCCCGUGCCCUGCCCAACACCCCUGUUUCAAGGAGCAGCUGCUGGUGGUGGCCAAGGCCGAGCAACAAGCUUCGAGCUUGGUGAGCUACGCAAUCCCAGCAUGACAUGCGACGACCUCGACGAGCAAGGAAGGUCGCGAAGCAUGGAGACGCGCACCUCGGGCCCAGUCUGCGUCACGGUCACGUCACCACGGCCUGAGCGGCGGGCUUUCCUUCUCAAGGGUGCCGGCACUAAUGCAACAUCGCCUAACACGCUGACUGUGAGCAUUCCCUUCACCCACCCGCAAGAGCUAGAGGAGCCCAAGGAGUACAGGAGCUACCCAACAUCCCCAACAAUUCAGGUGCCAGUCAUGUCAUCACUACCUCCUAAGAGCCUCUCGCCGACAUCUCGCUUUGCUGCCGGCCUACCGCAGCCUUUUCCAGGCUACAACCCGAGCGGAGCGAGCAAGCCACCCCUGCUGAAGACCAAGAAUGUGUCCGGCCUGGUGACUCACAGCGCCCCUCCCAGCGAAGGCCCGAGCCCCGUGCACAGCCUCGAGGGCCCGAAACCCCCCGAGGAGGCUGUCAGCCCACCCGACUCCGAAGACGAGAGUGGCCGCAAGCGUAUUUCCCGAAGAACAUGCCGGCCCGAGAGGCGGCAUCACACAGCCGACUCCUUUGAGCACCUGAAGAACCAGAGGGACCCAUCGAUCCACAAGCGACUGUCAUGGAACUGCGGGCAACAGCACGAUGCGUCGUCCGGCGGGGCCGGCACGGCCGGCCGCCUUGUGCACUCGUCAGAAGCGUUCCUCAAGAACAAACACGUUGCCAAGUGUCUGAGCAGCGAAUCUGUGUACAGUUCUAGUGGUGUAAGCAGUACGGGCUCCCUUUUGUUCAGCAGUGCGGGCAGCGGCGAUGCCUGCGACUGCUGCUGCGAUCCGAUCCCCGUUGUUGGGCCCACGGACGACCAAAAGCGGCUCACCAAUGGCGACGAGGACGAGGUGCCGCCAUCUUCAGCCGACGGGCACCACCAGCUCAAGACGUUGGGUGCACCAGGAGAGUGCAUCAAGAUAGAUGUGAGUGAAGUGAAGGAUGGGAUCUCAUCAGUGCAGAUUGUGGGUGCAGAGGGCAUGCCAGUGGCUCCUGGCAAGCCGGGCAAACCAUCCCGCUCGGACCUGCAAAAGAUGAAGGAGUUUCUUCUCAACAGCCGCUCAGUCGAGGCAUCUGAGGUAUGACAACGUCAAUAGUCAUCGGGAGAGACAGCACAGACAAGGGACAGGAUUGCCUCGGCAUUCUCGGCUUGGCUAAAAACGGCAAUUGUACAGCCUUCACUGUUUGUUUCGAACUAUCUGCCGGCGAGAGAGGGCAUUCGCUUCCAGCAUCCCCUGGGGUCCACUGGAACAGCGUGCUGUCCUUGUCUGGAUAUACAUAUCUCUGCAGUGUGUGGACAGCCAUCUGUGACGACGCAAUUGAAUGAUGACCACAUUGUAAUAUUCGUUUCAGAAAGAGUUUGUUGAACGGCAUAAGCCAUGAUUCUGUCUUUGUCCUCAGUGUGAGGUAAUGGCUGCCGUUUGGAUGGUGUAGCUCUGCUGCAAUUUUUUGAGACCCUGUCCCUGUUCCAUGUUGCCGACGUGCACUUUGCCAUGUGUGUGUUUCUGUGUGUGUGCGUGUGGCAGUCUGCUAAUGAGGCUGUUCCAUUGGUGUAGUACCUGGUCAUUACCUACCACACUAUGCAUAAGGCGUUUGUUACCUGUGCAUUCCUUGCUUCCCGUACUUACGAUGGCAGAGAAGUGAACGGAGUCAGUCCAGUAAGCAAAACAUAUGUGUACUUCAGCUGUUUAGAUGGUCUCUUUAAUUAGUCUCAAUAAGUGUAGUAAGUGCACAAAUAAUUUUGACAUUGUCUCAAGGCAGUCUGGCCGGACAGUUUUAGUUAAGUUCAGCCUAAUUUUGCUUUUAUGAUUAAUAUCAUUUAUUAAACUCCCAUUGGUAUGCCCCAAGUAUUCUUGUGAAAAAACUCUUAACAGUGAGUUUUUGCUUUGGGAGCUGUUUUAUUUAUGACAGGGUCGUCUUAUGCCUUAAGGCGCACCGUUUGGAGUUGGUGUUUGGUUUCCCUUUGUUUCUUGUACUGGCACUGUGCUACGAUAGAACAGGCUUGUCACCACUUUUCAAGGAUCGCUGCAUUACUGAACCCUCUCUAAGUCUUAUCUAGGAUAGAUGGUGCUUGAGGCAGGUGCUUUUGCGUUUUAUCACAUCACGUCAACAUUCUAUGCAGUCAGCCACACAAUGUGCAAUUUAUGGCAGACCUUUGGUUGCACACAAUUUUUUGCUUUUGAGAGCCUGCCGAUUUGUUCUCUCAUUUCAUCUUUCUAACGUUUUUGCCAAUAUAAUAUGUUACGUGCCAAACAGUUUCACGUAGUACUUUUUUUUUUUUUCUCAUCUCUUUUUCCACCAUCAGGUGGUUUACCGACUACUGCUAUACAUACACAUUGUUCUAAACUCUCCAAGACUACGCUUUCAUGUCUCUGAGCAGUCUAAUCACUCUCAGCUACCACUGUUUCGCCUGGGCCUUAAUGGCAUGAAGACUUGUAAAAAGCAAAAAAAUUGAAGCUUUUAUGCUAGACGCACUGUUACUCUCCUUUGCACUUAAGAUUUCUACGCCUUUUCGGGUGUAUUUCAUCACCCAACAGCCAUCUCUGUUCUUGUCGGCAUUCAUUUCUUUAAUACUGCAUGCCGAGUGCUUUCUUGUCAGAAAUGCCGUACUUACCAAAGCAUUCUUGAUUGGAGAGUGCUGAGUACACAGCAGUAAAGAAAUGAAAUGGCCCUGAUAAUGGCGACAGUUAAUGUCAUGCGAGGAAAAAAUCGUGCACCUGAAUGGCGUAAAAUUUCAAUGGUGUAAGUAGAAAGGAUGCAGUUUUCAACCUUUUGCUCCCUUUCUCUCCCCUUUUCUGACAAGCUGUGAUACAGGUCCUGAAAAAAAUAAAACAAUUCAUAGCUGCACUGACAAUACACAGGUCUUUGCCAUGUUUCGGUGAACAUAUUGCCAUGCAGCAUGUAAAUGUUAAUGAGCAGCAGGCUGCAAAAAGAAUUUUUGCAUUUGCAGCUGCUUCUGCUGCUGCUGCUAGCUUUCUAUUGUAUAGAUGCCGCUGCGACUUUUUCACUGUAAAGCAUCUAGUGUUUCAUAGACCUGUAGCUUAGUGACCUGUCCCUUGUAGUGAUUCUCGAACUUGUUAUUAUGAACAAAGGUUCUUAAAGCACUUGACUGUGUACAAAUUAGAGAUCUUCGCUCCGCCCCGCUCCCCCUCAGCUGGCUGUCAGUCUGAAGUCGGCCUCUUGCAGCAUGCACCAUUACCCAUGUGAAGUAACAAUGUUAAUGUCGUGGCCACAUUUCCUUUUUUGGCUGCAGUUGGUUUCACUUCACGUCCUUGCUUUCUGUCUGCAAUUCUUUGCAAUGGUACAUAUCUGAAAUGUUUUGCUUAGCGUGUUCAAUUCCAUAAAAAAGGGUAUGGCUUGACACAUGUUGCAGGAAUGAAUUCUUUCGCACAGUAAACACAGCUGGCGCAUUUCUUAACGGCACGAUUUAUUAGUGAGGAAAAGGCAUUUCUAUAUGUCUCAUUAUUCAAGCUAAAUUUCUCACCUCUCAUUUCCACUCGUACUUAGCAUGAACUGCCAUUGCUGCAAAUUGUAAAAGAUUGUCAGGCAUACUACCAUGUGGGUGCCGUACUGAGCAAACAUAAGAAAUUAUAAAUUUCCGCUCAUCUCAUGUGGAAUUGAAGUUAUUGUUUAAAUAUUAUCCUUUUGGCAUGCUGCUAAACUCUUUUUAAGUCAUUUUAAAGGGCUUUGUUUCUUUUAUCUCUUCUUGACUUAGCAGCCUUCAUGCCUCGCUUGACUAGGGCUGUAGUUUCUCUUAUGAGUCUCCCCAGCGAUUAAGCAUAUUCUUGCCGCCAUGCGCCCUUCUCUUGGCACGUAGCUCAAGACAUUGAAGCACAGUGCUCCCUUUGGGUAGAUGUUUAUUCAGGCACACUAGCACUACUACUCGUAUAGAAAGCACUGGCACCUGGUUUAGAUGUAGUUGUACCGAGCACCUUGUUUUUCAACCUGACGGUUGUUUGUGCCCCAUUGCAAUAUGUGGGAGGUCUGUGUCCAAGAGUUGUGCUGGCCACAGUCUGGAGCAGCGCCUGCAAAUGAAGUUUGCUCAUUCUGCUAGUUCAGGAAAGAAUUUUUUUUUUUUUAAUAUCAAGGGACUCCAGCUCUUUCUUGAAUUUCUUGUAUGUGAUCUUACCUUAACUCUUUUUCUGGGUGCCAUUUAUGAUGGCCUAUGCCGAACAUGUCAGGAAUGUUCAUUUUGCAGAAGAGCAGUAUUAAUGUUUUUAUCUAGGGUGGCUUGGUCAUGGACACAUCUUGAAAUAAAGAGUAACGAGGCAGCAAUAUGUGUAGAUUUUUUCAGAGGCCUGCAUUGGACCGAUGGCGUCAUGCGUAACCUGUAUUUCUUGGCAUCAUCUUGUGGAUGCGCUUUCAAGUUCACAAGCAGAAGCUUGAUGAAGGCCGAAAUUAAUCCCUGAUCCAUAGCAAACCGGCACGCCUUUCAGACCAUGGCCAACACACACUCUUGCCUGCACGCAUGUGUCAGGUGUCGUGGGAAGUCGGCAAUUCAAUGCGUGUUUAAGUAGCAACAAAUGUUGUAUUGGUGUGUACAUAGCGUGUCCACCAUUGUUCUUCUACGUGGGCUAUUCCUUGGGAUGCCUUUGCCCUCUGGUGUUACUUGAGGGGCUGCCAUGUAUGUGAACUUGUAUGCUUUUCCGCAUAGUGUGUCUGACUCUUGUUUGUGGUGCCAUUGUGAGUUUGGAUUUGUCAUUUGUUGCCAGCUCACACGACCUGUAGCUGCAGUAUUGUCAUUACGUGCCCAGAUGUACUCUCCUUUUUCUCGCAUGGAGAAGCUUGCCUGUGGAUAUUGCAAGACUUGUAUGUUCUGCGCAUGGCUACAUCCCCUAAGUUCUUAUCUUCCUCCUUAUUUCACAACUCUUUUUUUUUUCUUUUUUAUGAUUACCUCAAUGACCAUGCUGUGGUGACUGCCUGCUCUCAAGUUACGAGCAGCACAACUUAUGGUAAGGGCUGCACAAAAACAGGGUGGUAGCUGAUGCUGGGCAGAAAUUAGUGCCACUACUGACCAGCUCCUGUUCGACUAGCUUGCCACUCUUAUUUUUGUGCAUACUAUGCUGAAAGGUUGAGUCUUGAAGGCCAGUCGCUCACAUAGCUGAAACAAACUGCAGAUAAAAAUUGAGUAAGGGGACGCUAAUACAGGGCAUAAGAAUAGAGAGCUUUAGCGUACUGUCACUGCCGCCUUGCCAGCUGUGUGCAUGCCACCAUGCACAGUGUGGCUAGCGUAUGCAAACCUGGCAGGUAGCUGUAACUCUUAUGGUAGUAUGGUCGUAGUGGUAUGCUAAAACUCUCUAAUAUGUCCUUCCUAAAGCUGUACUGUGUGGCACUAUUAUGCAAAUUUUAGCAAGCGUCAUUGUUGCUGCAGUUGUUGCUUCAUCUUGUCCAGCGUAAUGUUCUUUUGCAGGCACUUUGACCUGCCUUGAGCCUUUGCAAAGCUUUUUGUUGUACAUGUGUUAAUCGCAGUGAAUUGUAAGCUUCACACCUUAUUAGUGGUGCAGAGUAAAAUAGAACAGAGUACAGUUGGGUUUCCAUGAUUUGCGACUGCAUAAUCUAACAUGGCUGAUGCUUGGUUAAAUUUGCAUUGAGACAGCGAUAACUACAUGCUCUUGAUUCUGUAAUUAAAAUGGUGCAGCACACGGCUAAACAACUUGCAUUUUAGGCAUAGCUGCCCUACAUUGAGUAAUAUCGCAUGCAUCUUCCAUUCAAUUUCUGCACCCAAGACCAGAAUAUAUGGUACUUAGACGCAUGGACAUAUAUAACCUCGCCUAUGAAACAGAAGAUGCCUAUAGGGGAAGCUGAUUUAACUGUAAAAAAGGCAAUACCGUAGUCCAAUUUAUGUUUGGCAGUAAGGUUGUUUUACUCAGUAGUUUAACAUAGAGAGUGUAGCAGCUUGUUAAAGUGAGCUGUUGCACCCUUAAGACCAAAACGCUGAGGGCUAGUCCAGGGGGGAUAGCUGUGUAAAACUUUUUAACAGUUACAUUUUUCCAGUCUGGUUGAAAACUUGGCUGUCAGAUAAUGGAAAAUCAAUCCUGACCCAGAUUAUUCAACAGUCUCUUACGUGAAUGUGGGCAUGCCAUACUAUCCAAAAGGAGAGGACUAUUCGCUGCGAUUGGCAGAAUUGAAAACACAUUCAGUUGAGAUUGUAAUUUUGUGUGUGUGUGUGUGUGUCCAGAGAUCUGCAUUCUGCUAUGUCCUCAGAAUGCUGUGUGAAUAACAGGUUCCAGCGCCCAUAUGUACAUAGCCUUAUAAAUAUGAAAUCGUUGGCGUUCUUUCGCGUGUCAAUAAGCGGCGAUGUUAUCGUGCCCGUUCGUCCUCCUGUCUCGAAGAACGAAUGGGAGAUUUUUCUUCGUUUCUUCUGCGACUGCAGUCGCACAAGUGUACAGCGUGAUUAGAAUAGAUAGAUAUUUUAUUUUCCUGCGAAUCAUAAUUUUUUAUCAUAAUUUAUUGCAGUGUGUAAUUAAUAACGUUUAGAUGGUAUGUGUGCGAAGAGAAAUAUAUGUUCAGCGUAUAUAUAUAGGGUUGUCACGAAACAGGUCAACCGUAUUGCUAUUCUAGCUGUGUGAGCAGUCGGCGUUCGAAGGUAUACAUGUAUACAUAUAUAUGUACGCACUACACAUGUAUAUUGGAAGAGAAAGCAUAAAAAAACAAACCCUGUGCGGCGCUUGUCCUUUCCCGUAUUAAUUUGAGAUUCGCACCGGGCACUGAUCUCGGAGCGCGUGUAAUCUUGGUUGAACUGUUAGUACAAAAAAAAAAUGUAUGAAUAAAAGCUGUUUUGCCUAAAA